AUGUCAAUAUUCAAACAAACUGAAUCAUCACAAUGUCCAUCGUCAAAUAAGAAACCGAUUGACAUUGUGACAAUUUUUGAAAAUUUGUCAAAUGAAUUAUUUCUUAAUAUAUUCGAGUAUUUUGAUGCUUAUCAACUUCAUUUAACAUUUGGUCAACUAAACAGUCGUUUCAAUUCGUUGCUUGAUAAUGCUCGUCUGCAUUUUGAUCUUGAUUCUAUUCCAUUACAUGAAUUUUCAUCAUUUUCUCUCUCACUUAAUUUUAAUAAUAUUCUCUCUUUUACUUCACGAAAUUUAGACAAGACACGUUCAUGGCUAUUUGAUAAUAAUGAAGUUUUACAACAAUUUUCUUUGAUUCGUGCACUUACCUUAGUCAAUGUUACUUAUGGAAUUAUCAAUCGACUACAUGAACGUCUUCCUAAUCUGAAGAAUACACUGAUAUAUGUCAGUAUUUCUGAGGCAACAAAGACCGCCAAAAAUGCGAAUAAAGAUGAAUAUAUUUACUUUAAGCAUUGGUGUCCAACACAUGAAUUUUGUUCAAAUAAAUAUCGUUUUCUUCGUUAUUUAAUUAUGGAUACAGAAUAUAAUCAUGAAUCAUUUGGUUGUUUAUCUCCAACAAUAUCAACAAUCAGAUAUUUUAAACUUGGUCACAUUUAUUCUAUUAUUUGGCUUAUUCAUCUAUUUCGAUAUUCACCUCAAUUAAAAGUAUUAUAUGUAGACGAGAUCUAUACUGUUUUAGAUGAUGGUGAUUUUUUCAACCGUUAUCCAACCAAGAAGCCAAUUAUAUUUCCAUGCGCUAUUAAUAUGCAUAUUUUUGUUGUUAAGAAUUGUUAUUGUGAACCAAUAUCUAUUGAAUAUAUUCUUCGUGCAUGUCCAUAUUUAAAACAACUCUAUUUGAAUUCUACAGUGGAUUAUAUUAAUCAUCAUCAGACGAUUCGAACACAGAUCUAUAAUCCUAUUGUUUGGCAAUCAAUGAUAGAUCAGUGGGGACAACAUUUAAUCAAUCUUAAUAUAACUAUCAAAGGUGACGAGACAUUUCUAGAUCAAGAUCUCACUACUGAAUUUUGGCGAUUAAAAUCCUGGCAAGUGAAAACAUUACGCUCACCACCUUGUUUCAUUAUUCAGAAUGAUCACAAAAUUUUCGAUUAUUUUUCCUUAUCUCGAACAUAA